GGUGGUAGUUCUGAUAUUCUGUGGUGAUAGUUGAAAUGGACAAUCACAAUAAUUAUUAAAAUAAUUUGUUAAUAUUAUGAUUUUGUAAUGUCCUCAUUAGCAAAAGCGGUGUUGGGAGGUGCUUGUGCAUUUUCCUUGGGGAUAAUAGGAUAUGUACACUACAGGCAGUUUUACGAUAGGCAACAAAUGCAUGAAGGAGUUUUAAGGGACAUUGAAAGGAGACAAAAACGAAAGGCUGAGAAUCUGUAUAAUCUUCAAAAACAAAUAGACUUUACCAAAGAAAUCAAAAGAAACCGUGAAGAAAUUGAUAAUAAUGUAACGUGAUUAUAUAUUAUUAAUUAGGGUAGUAAAAUUUUAAUUGCUG